GGUGAUCUUUCAAAAGCUUUUUUUCUUCCACCCUCAUUAUUUUAUUUCAGAAAAAGAGAGUCUUCAAGGGGGUCGUUUUCGCCACGAAUUUUAUUUUAAAAUAAUAGCCCUGCGGAAGAAAAUGCUUACGCACAACUUUGUUGUUAUUUCUCCAUCUUCGAAGUUGAUUGAUGAUGCAAAAGAGUGUUUCUCUUCACAACAUGAGCGGCUGUCAGAAAUUGCCUUUAAUUUACGCAGGGAUUAUUUUUAUCGUCUUCUUGAGCUGCGCCGUUUGGGACCGAAUUUCAACAGUUAUUUUCCCCACCGAGGAUUUUCAGGGAAAUCCGAUCAACAAAAGGCCCGGAAGUCACGGCAACUCUGAAGAACGAUUCACUUGUCCUCCUCAAGAGGACAAUGAUUUCAAAAUCCCACGAAAGAAGGAGGAAAGGUUUUCGGAAGCAGUAUUUUUCACACGCGACAGAGCAGCUGUGUUGUCGGCAUUGUGCUUGGAAUCUGGAAAUUUCAUCGAAAAACUGCGUUUCCAUGCGCUGUGUCGCACUUUCUGUGCCUCUCCUGUUCAUGCGCUGCGGGCUACAUCUAGUCGACCCGCAACAGAACCCCCCUUGGGCUUUCCGUUUUCGUCACCGGCGGCGGGAACGGCAAGCCCAAUCGGCGUAGGCGAAGUUGCGGGGAGUAGAGAUGGCGGCGCGCAUGCGCGGCGCUUCCAGAAAAUUCUGGAAGCCGGUAGAGCAGGCCAGUCCAGUUCCAGUCAUCAUUAUGACUGGAUGGCGCAAUGUGCGCUGGUCUUCUUGGUCUGCAGCGUUGAGGAAGGCAUCAGUACUGAUCUCAGGAAAACGGACGCCAAUUUCAGACCUCUCAUCCCUGUCGACCUCGUCCAUCCGACGUCGUCGUCGUCGUCGGAAGUCCGGGCAACAAAUUUCGGACACUGGCACAUCGACGUCGAAGACAAUAACACCCAACCUCAUGCCUCGCGACAACGUCGUAUCAAAAAUGAAAAAAUCCUCGUCGUCGUCGUCGUCGUCGUCAACAUCCGUCACGCAAAUCAGCCUUGGUGCAAUGAGAUCCGAAGGCGGAGGUUUCAUUUCCGGAUCCGACAAUACUUUAGCUGACGUUUUAAACGACGACGACGAGGAUCAGCAGAGAAACACUCAUUUGCAAACCGGAAACGAGAGUCUGGUGGAAGUUGUCAAAGCGGAAGAAAUAUUGCACACGAGGAAUGGAAAAUGUCCCGGAAUUUUAACGUCAGAGGCUUUUGAUGAUCAGGGUUCGUGUGACUCGUCUCACGGGAAUUCCUUCGAGUUCAGCACAAUUAUAGACAAUUAUUUUCCUGAAGUGGAUCAUCAUC